AUGCCUUCUGGCUUCGAAAGAUUAAACGCGAGAAAAUCGCAGCCGAAUGGCCACAUUGCAUUCAUAAAGCCUCUGAAAGGGCCUGAUGAGACGAUCGCGCAGGACUUCCUACAGCGGAUCGCCGCCCAAUGCUUGCCCGUCAUGAGGGAGCACCACCUCUUUGUCACAUCCCUAGAGCAGUAUGAGCCGAACAGGGAAUUCGUCGGCCGAAACUUCAAUGCGGGCGAGGUCAUUCAACUGGUGUUGAAGUCGCUCUCCGGGAAAUGGCUGCCCUUUGAUUACGUCCAGAUGGUCAUGAUGCACGAGCUCGCCCAUUGCAAGCAGAUGAACCACUCGCGGGCCUUUUGGGCCGUACGAAACCGGUACGCCGACCAGAUGAGGACUCUCUGGUCUCGCGGCUUUACCGGCGAAGGCUUGUGGGGAAGAGGCGCUCUGCUAGGGUCCGGAGAGUACGAGAAAAAUACGCUGCAAUCGAUCGAGCUACUUCCAGAAGCACCAUGUGGAGGGGCUUACAAGUCAGGGCCGAGGAAACGCAAGCCAAAGAAACAGCUGUCUUACCGCGAGAGAAAGGAACGUCGAAUCCUCAAGAAAUUCGGCGCCAACGGAGUAACCCUUGGUGAUGACGAGGACGUGAAGACGGAGCUAGAAAAGGGGAAGAAGACCCAGGCGAAGCCCCGAGUGGCCGGAAGCAAGCGUGGACGAGAGCUCAGAGCAGCCGCUGCUCUAGCCAGAUUUGACAAGCAAAAGGAAGCUGAAGAAAAGCAGUCCCAAGGUAUCCAUAAAAAGGAAUCAGACGACGGCGAAUCGGACAUUGCCAGCGAUGACGACGAUGAUGACGAAGAGGAUAUCGUGAUAGACAUCAACGGCCAACGACUCAUGGAUACCAAGGGCAACAGGCUCGUAAGAGUAUGCGAGGACGAGAAUCCCCAAGGCGACGACGCUCGGAAUGAGCGACGCGAGCUCCUCCAGUCGUCAAUGCCCUGCGUGAAACUCGAGGCUCGCAGCUCAACGCCACCGAUGGCUGGCAAACCCCCAAAUACACGUCCGGAGAACCGAUACAGCAUUGAAAACUGGCCUUGCGAGAGCAAGAAAUCACCGUCAGGCAAGGCCACUGACAUCACCGCUCCCGUUGGCGGUCGCACGGGUGCCGGAGCAUCUGCGGGCAUCUGCCCUCUGUGCUCCUUCGAUAGCGGAUGCGACGCAACCAUUUGUGGUGUUUGCUCUCACGUUCUGAAUCGGGCCAAGGUGCCAGAUUCCUGGAAGUGCACCGCCGUUACUUGUCGAGGUAGUCUGUAUUUGAAUGCUGGGGACGUGAGAAUCUGCGGAGUUUGUGGCCAGCGAAGAGAUCCGCAAAUGUAA